AUGAGUUCGCUAAGCCCGCGGGCCGAUACCUGCGAAUCUGGAAACACCUACAAUGGAGAAUACCUAGGUGCAAGAAUAUCGGCAGUAUUCGUGCUUUUGGGAGUGUCGGCCAUUGGUUCGUUCUUCCCUUUGGUUGCCAAACAGUGUCCGUGGAUAAAGCUUCCCCCCUGGGUAUUUUUCGGUACCAAGUACGUAGGCACUGGGGUCAUUGUGGCUACUGGGUUCGUGCACUUGCUUGCAGAGGCCCACGAAGCCCUCACCAACCCGUGCUUGGGACCUCCGUUCGACUACCCGUGGACGGAAGGUAUAGCGUUGAUGGGGGUGUUUCUUAUCUUUUUCAUGGACCUCAUCGCCCAUCGCAAGUUGGAGCAGAAAGAAGCAGAGUGGGCAGAGAGACAAGAAUGCAUAGAAAUGGCCCAGGCUUCCGAAAAGGAGUUUCCCAUCAUCAAGACCACCGAGGAGAACACGUAUCAACAGAUCCUCAACACCUUGUUUCUCGAGUUUGGAAUUGUGUUCCACUCGGUGUUCGUCGGCCUCUCGCUAGCCAUCGCAGGGGACCAAUUUAAGUCUUUGUACGUGGCCAUUGCUUUCCAUCAGUUGCUAGAAGGUUUAGGUUUGGGAACGAGAUUUGCUACUACACCAUGGCCUGAGAAAAAAUGGUAUGUCCCAUGGUGCCUAUCUUUAGCAUACACCCUCACCACCCCCAUUGCGAUAGCCAUCGGUAUUGGGGUGAGAAAGUCAUAUCCUCCUAACUCCAGAAGAGCCCUCAUCACCACUGGUGUUUUUGAUGCUCUCUGUGGAGGGGUUUUAAUUUAUAACAGUUUGGUCGAGCUUAUGGCCUACGAUUUUUUCUUUUCUCCGGAUUUCAAAGGCAAGAACGGGAUGGCCAACACUAUAAAGGCCUAUAUUUUGUUGUCCAUCGGAGCGGGCAUAAUGGCGGUAAUAGGCAAAUGGGCCUAG